AUGGAGCCGAGUUACGAAGCAGAAGAGAGGGUGGAAGGGACUGGAAGUGAGAGACUUCCUGAGCCCUUGAGCUACGGGAUGGUCGAUGACGGCGGUGCUGGACAUCUGGAUGAGAUUCCGGGACGUGAGCCCGUCAGGGAUGCAGACCAUAGUAUUGAAGAAAGGGUUGCAGCUGAUAUCUUGGCCCAAGUGGAUGGACUUGAGCCGGAGUACGACUUUGAGUCAGUCGAGGGUGGUGCACCCUCGCCAGAGAGAGACGACGAAGUCAGCGUUAAUGCUGCUGGAGAUUCUAGAGGACAACGUGUGGGUCCUCGUGCCCAAGGAGAUCACUAUUCGCUGGGAAGCCGGAGGCUGCAGGAUUCUGGAAUGAGUAGUUCUGGAGUGAUUGAAGGACAGGCGAUUCGCCAAGGUCAAGUCGGUGGUCAGAUGAAUGGGACUGCCGGUCCUGGGAAGGGCCGGGGAGCUGUUUCAUCUUUAACUGGAUGGGAGGAGGCUGGUUUCUCCAUGCAGGCUCCAUCGGAGAGGGCUCUCAUGACUGGUCGAGCUCGAGAAUCUUCGGGAUUGCAUGGCCCUGGCAAGUCCUCGACAAGGCUCUCGUCGACUGAGGCUCAGGAGACUGUUCAAGCGAAUCGUGUAGAUCAGCUGGAAUCUCUGGUGCAACAGUUGCUGCAACAGAAUGACGAGUUGAAAAGGGAAAGACAGGCGGGUCAAGCAGACUGGUCUGAGCGCGGAGUAGUUCGUGGAGGGAACUUCGUGUUAGGAUGUAUCAACCUGGUGGUUUGUCUGAGAGGAGCUGUGGCAGCACUGCAGAAGUGGUUCAGACAUUUAGAAAGGGCUCGGACAAUGGGCAUUAGUGUGCCAGAUAGCUCUCUCCUGUUGGAUGGGGUUGAUAAGUGCAUGAAAGGAGUUCUUCAGGCGAAUCCAAACCUCAUGUUUCGCAUUCAGGCAAUCCGCAUGCAGCUUCAGCUAGACACCACGCCAACACAGGAGACAGUAGAGGAAUACACACGUACCCUUCUGGCUGAGAUGGAGCUGUUGGCCGUUUCAGCUCCAGAUGCUGGUGCCAAGCGUCAGCGUAUCGCUGCUGUGGGUCAGGAGACCGGGGGUGACAAGGGGAAAGGGAAGAAGGGUGCCAAGGGUGAAGAGGCUGUUUCAUCGAGCGGGACAGGAAAUGGCCGAGGAACGCGUGAGCACCGGAAGCCUUGUCCAGCAUGGUCAACUGACACUGGGUGCCCGCAAGGGAAGCUGUGUGCAAUGGCACACACUCCAGAGAAGCCAGGAGGUAAAGGAAAGGAUGAAAAGGGGAAGGCCAAUGCAGGAAGAGGUCAAGCCAAGGCGACUGCUGCCGCUGGAAAAGGAGUCAAUGGCAGGCGAGGGCUGAUAGAUGGAGGCGCCACGGCUUGUCUUAGGACGGCUCUUGAGGAGGAGAAGUCGUUGCCAACAAUUCCGGUCAAACUGGCAUGUGGGAGUUGUGACCUCCAUAUUAACCAGUACGGGACGUUGUUGAGUGAAGUGCCGGUGUCGCCCAUCUUGUCCGUGAAGGCGUUAUUGCGGCUCGGCUACAAAAUUGACUGGAAUGCUUCACGCUGCAAAGUGUAUCAUCCUAAGUUUGGGGAGUUGGAGGUUGAUACAAGCACUGGCUGCCCAGAGGUUGAUGAAGAAGUGGCACUUGAUUUAAUAGGUCAGUAUGAGAUGUAUGUUGGGCAGCACGACACCAGAACUGCUCGGCUCAGGUGCAUUGUGGAAGAUCUUAAGUCAAAGGGGACCCAAGAAUUGGUGAGCCUGAUGAGACAUGGGGACUCCCAAGCAGAUGCAGCUUUUAGUGUGUAUGUUGCCAGAAUGUUUCCUGAGGUCUGUUCUGAGACCUUGGAGCAGUGCAUUGUGACUCUGCAGGAUACUUCAGAGGAACCACUGACCUGGAAUAGGCGCACCAGGAGGAGCUGCGCUAAGGCCCAGGGAUUGAUGCUUCAUGCCUUCUGCGGGACUUCUAAGAGGGUAUUUGAGGCAGUGGCGCGCAAGUGGGAUAUUGCUCACCUCACUCUGGAUGACUCCAGGGACUUGCUGUGUGAUAGCACAUACAGGUAUUUGCUUCAGCAGGCCAGAGAUGGACGGGUGAGGGCAAUAGUUGGGGCACCGCCCAACAGGACAUUCUCCCAAGCCAGAACACUGCACGAAAGUACAGGUCAAGGUCCCAGGCCAGUUCGUGUGGCAGGUGAAAGCAUAGGUGCCUUUGGGGUUCCAGAUCUGACUUGCCAAGAGCGCGCGCAGCGGAAUGUGGAUGACGUCCUCAUUCUUCGCUUUAUGGUGUUGAUUGUGCUUGCUGCAGAAGUGAACAAGGUCCAGGGGAUACCGGAUCCAGCAUGUGUUGUGGAAAAUCCUUGUUCGGAAAGUGAGGUUGGGGUUGCUGAUGGUCUUGAAAGUGAGCAGAACCGGAUUUCCUUGUGGAACACUCCAGAGUGGCGUAUGGUCUCCCAGAGCGUUGGCUUGACUUCGGCAAAGUUCUUCCAGAGUCCGAUGGGGCACUGCAAACGACCAUUUGUCAGAGGACGGGACGAGCAUACCCCAAAGGCCCGAUAUCUGAUAGUUGGUGUGCUGUCGGUGCCAGUGUUGGCCGUUGAUGGUAAGUGCGUCGAUGAGCCGUGUGACGCAGACCCAGGUCCUGAGGUGCCAGAUGGAGGCGUGCUUGAUGAUGCUGAAUGGUUGGCUGAUAAGGUUGGAGACGCGGAUGAACCUCUUCCUGAGUGGACUGCCAAGGAAACAGCUGAUGCACGGGCUGCAUGGAACGAGUGGGAUCGCCUGGUGAAGUCGAGUCGUGAAGAAUGGAUUAAUGAAGCCCAGGCUGAGACCUUGCCCAAGGUAGAGAUUGUAGACUUUGUCUAUGUUGAGGCUAUCGAGCGCAAGACGCACAGUGAAGUUCUUACUGCUGUUGGCAGAAUGCAUGCCAGAGCUAAGGCAGAGGGUUUUGACAUUAGGGUCAAGAACAAAACUAGAGUGAUUUUGGAGGAGGCAGGUCCAGAUAAGUCAGAUUGGCUUCUGGCUGCAAAGCUUGCAGCACAUGAGUUGAAGAACGAGGUUAUAAGCAGAAGCUGGAAACGUGAGACCUGGGAGCCUAGGUUCUUUGAGGACGUGCAAUUUCCUCACGGGCCAAUUCUGUCACUGGUGGUGACGGUGCUGUAA